UGCGCCCCACCUUGUUUCGGUCACGUGACGUGAGCUUACGAAGAUGGUGGAAGUUUCUUCUUCCUUGAAGUGAAGCCCCGACUGAAACCUAAACAUCCUGCACUCCGAGGGCUGGGAGUCCACUGCAACGCUACCAGUUUGGUUUUACAGCCUCCCUUCGGACCCGGGCCUUCAACCCAGCCCUAUGUCAUGGAUGGUGGAGUCACAAAGUCGGGCACUUCCAACGGUUACCCUAUGAAGGCACAGCUACAAAUCAUUGUGCUAUCAGCAAAACUAAAAGAGAACAAGAAAAACUGGUUUGGUCCCAGUCCUUAUGUGGAGGUGACAGUCGACGGCCAGUCCAAGAAAACAGAGAAAUGCAACAACACCCACAGCCCUAAAUGGAAGCAGCCGCUCACUGUGAUCGUGACUCCAUUCAGCAAACUGGUGUUCCGGGUGUGGAGCCACCAGACCCUGAAGUCAGACGUGUUGCUAGGCAUGGCCACGCUGGACGUCAGUGACACGCUCAAGUCUAAUGACAUGAAAAUCUCUGAGGUGGUGCAGACCUUACAGCUGUGUGCAGACAGAGACCAGUCAGACGUGGUGGGAGAUCUGUCUGUCUGCCUUGACGGCAUGACUGUGGACCCCGAGAUGUUUGCCACGGCCGAGGCUGACCAUCACAGUAAAUCAAAUGGGGAAUCGCAACCAAACGGGGAUCAUGCCAUAAAGCGGAGUCGAGACAGCUCUCCAGCUGUGGACGUCGUAGAGCACAGGUCUUCUCCCAGCGGCCAGAGGUCAGUGAACAGCACAGGGUCUCCCUCGGUGUCGUCAGGGAGCUCGAGGCCUCUCCGACCACCCAGGCCCUCCAGACCUCCCCCUCCAACCCCCCGCAGACCCACCUCUUCUCCAGCAUCUUCCAGCAACGGCUCUGCACCGGCUGAUGGCAGCGAUGGUCAGUCAGGUUCCGAAACACCCGUGCGAACGCCGGCCUCAGGACCCUCAUCAGCCCCAGACUCAAGUCCAUCAGCAGGCUCAGCCACAUCAGUGUCCAGCUCUGGAGCUGCAGCAACCAGACAGCCAACCAGCAGCAACACCACUGCUGUCACGCCCAGGGUCCCCGCUGUCAACGCUGGACCGUUGCCCCCUGGGUGGGAGCAGCGGGUGGAUCAGAACGGCAGGUUGUAUUUUGUCGAUCACGUGGAAAAGAGAACAACAUGGGAGCGCCCUGAACCACUGCCCCCUGGCUGGGAGCGUCGCGUAGACCAGAUGGGGCGGGUCUACUUUGUUGAUCACAUCACGCGAACCACCACGUGGCAGCGCCCCACAAUGGAGACGGUGCGUAACUAUGAGCAGUGGCAGCACCAGCGCAGCCAGCUGCAGGGCGCCAUGCAGCAGUUCAACCAGAGAUUCAUCUUUGGGCUACAAGACCAGGUCUCAGCCACCCAGAAUAAGGAGUUUGAUCCUCUCGGGCCUCUGCCGCACGGAUGGGAGAAGAGGACUGACACAAAUGGCAGAGUUUAUUUUGUACAUCACCCUACGCGGACAACACAGUGGGAGGACCCACGAACACAGGGGUUGCUGAAUGAUAAGCCACUUCCAGAGGGCUGGGAGAUGAGGUUCACUGUAGACGGUAUUCCCUACUUCGUAGACCACAACAGGAGAACGACCACCUACAUCGACCCUCGCACUGGAAAAUCCUCACUUGAAAACGGACCUCAGAUCACCUACGUUCGAGACUUCAAGGCCAAAGUACAAUACUUCAGAUUCUGGUGCCAGCAACUUUCAAUGCCUCAACACAUCAAGAUCACGGUAACCAGAAAAACCCUGUUUGAGGACUCCUUCCAGCAGAUAAUGAGCUUCAAUGCUCAAGAUCUGCGAAGGAGACUAUGGAUUAUCUUCCCUGGAGAAGAAGGCCUCGACUACGGCGGCGUCGCCAGGGAGUGGUUCUUCCUGCUCUCCCAUGAGGUUCUGAACCCCAUGUACUGCCUGUUUGAGUAUGCCGGUAAAGAUAACUACUGUCUCCAGAUCAACCCUGCUUCCUACAUCAACCCUGACCACCUCAAGUAUUUCAAGUUCAUAGGACGCUUCAUUGCCAUGGCUCUUUUCCAUGGCAAGUUCAUCGACACUGGUUUCUCACUGCCAUUUUACAAGCGCAUCCUAAACAAGCCGUUGGCCCUCAAAGACCUGGAGUCAAUAGACCCAGAGUUCUACAACUCCCUCAUGUGGAUCAAGGAUAAUGACAUUGAGGAGUGCGGGCUGGAGAUGUUCUUCUCCGUUGACAAAGAGAUCCUGGGGGAAAUCUCCACCCAUGAGCUGAAACCAGGGGGAGGAGACAUCCAAGUCACAGAGGAGAACAAGGAGGAGUACAUCAGGCUGGUCGCAGAGUGGAGGCUGUCCAGAGGAGUGGAGGAGCAGACUCAGGCUUUCUUUGAAGGCUUCAACGAGGUCCUCCCUCAGCAGUACCUGCAGUACUUCGAUGCUAAAGAGCUUGAGGUGAUGCUGUGUGGUAUGCAGGAGAUCGACCUGGCAGACUGGCAAAGAAACACCAUCUACAGACAUUACGCUCGAAGCAGCAAACAGAUCAUGUGGUUCUGGCAGUUUAUUAAGGAGAUGGACAAUGAGAAGAGGAUGAGGCUGCUGCAGUUUGUCACCGGUACCUGUCGUCUGCCAGUAGGAGGCUUUGCUGACCUUAUGGGAAGCAACGGUCCACAGAAGUUCUGUAUUGAGAAGGUGGGAAAAGAAAACUGGCUUCCCAGAAGUCACACGUGCUUCAACAGACUGGACUUGCCACCCUAUAAGAGCUACGAGCAAAUGAAGGAGAAGCUGAUGUUUGCCAUCGAGGAGACGGAAGGCUUCGGACAGGAGUGAGAGAACCAAGGAGAAGUUUAAAUAGUGGGUGCAGGAGUCUGAAGGAAUAAAGACGACCAGUGUUCAA